ACCAUCAUCCCCAAACUCCAUACCAUACCCCUCUUCUCUUCUCUUUUACGUUCUAAGAAGAUUCUUCUGCCCAUUCUCUAACAUCUUCAAACAUGGUGUCUGCGGCCCAACAGAAUAACUCUCCAAAAUUAGUCAAAGCAAAUGAAGACGAUGAUCAUCAUAUGGCCUCCCCGUCUCCACAAGUUGCCGUUGCUAUCUGUUUGUUGAAAGAUAAAAGGAUUCUCAUGGGACGUCGACUUGUGUCCAUUGGAAACUCCAAAUAUUCUCUCCCAAGCGGCCAUCUCGAAUUUGGAGAGAAUUUUGAAGAAUGUGCCAUAAGAGAAAUCAAAGAAGAGACAGGUUUGGACAUCGAGAAGAUUGAGUUUUUAAAAGUGACGAAUAAUUUGUUCAUGGACCAACCAAAACCGGCUCAUUACGUGGUGGUGUUCGUAAGAGCAGUAUUGACAGAUCCCACACAAACACCGAUCAACCUUGAGCCUGAAAAAUGUGAUGGUUGGGAUUGGUAUGAAUGGGACAAACUUCCUCACCCUUUGUUUGGACCUAUCAAGAAAAUGGUCACGGAUGGCUUUAAUCCCUUUCCCACAAUAAGCUAACUAGCUGCCCCAUGGUUAGGUUGGAUCUGCAUGGGUUCGGGUCAGGUGUUGAAAUCAUAAAUAUAUAUCUUCAUAUAUACUAUAUAUCAGGGAUUAUAUCAGUGGGUAAUUAAGCUUGUUGUAUAUUAAAUUUUCUUGCUCUUGAAAUCACUAAUCUUGGAGUUGAAAUGGGUGGGAGAAGGAAAAGGUGUUUUGUUCCUACCUUUACUUUCAUUGUAAAAUUGGAAUUUAUGUAAUAAUAACAAAGUGUUGCAAGUUUGAAGAAA